AGAGAUGAGUCCGCACAUACCCCGUGAUCUUCUUUUGCAAUAUCGGGCAAUGCCCACGCGUGAAGAACAAUACAUAUAUACUUUGGGGUACACUCGUUCCACCGUUCGGCCCUUGCAUGAGACCUAUCCGUUUCAUUAUCCCUUGACUGGCGUCCAUUAAUUACAGCAGGUCUGUCCGUAAGAUUCGUAUUGCAGUAGAACAUGUCGCCGCUCUACUAUGCGAUAGUCAUUGUCGCACUUUGCGUCAUUAUCUAUCGCUCAAGGGAUCGUGGUCGAUAUCCUCCUUCACCUCCGAAGCAUUGGCUUCUCGGAAACCUUCUUGAUAUGCCCCGUACUGUGGACUGGGACAAGCUUCUCGCAUGGAGAAACAAAUAUGGCGGAAUGACUUAUCUGAGCGCAUUCGGGCGGUCUGUACUGGUUUUGAACACUGCCGAAGUAAUCAAGGACCUUCUAGAUAAGCGUGCGAAGAAUUAUUCUCACCGCCCACAUACGGUGAUGGCUGGCGAGUUAUUUGGUCUUGAUAAGACUUUAGUGUUCUACGAUUACAACGACAGAUAUCGAGUCAUUCGUAGGCUAACUCAACAGGUAUUAAGUCCGGAAGCAUCGAGAAAGUAUCAAGACCUGCAGCUCGAUGUCAUCAAACUGUUGCUAGAUCGCCUGCGAGUUGACCCUGACGAUUUCAGGGAACAAUGUCGACUCGCUGCGAGUCGUAUGAUUCUAACGAUCACAUAUGGUUUAGACAUUAAGACAGCAGAUUCCGAGUACAUUGUCGCCGCGCAACACACAAUGGAUACAAUGACCGAGGCUGCCAUGCCUGGAGCCUAUGUCGUUGACUUGAUACCCAUCCUAAAACAUCUUCCUCGAUGGUUCCCGUUCACUACGUUUCAUCAAAUUGGCGACUACGGUCGAAAGCUCAUCACUGACCUUAUUACCCGGCCAUAUGAGCAUGUCGAGAGGUGUUUGGCUGCUGGCAAUGCACCGCAGUCUUUUGUCUCCGAUCUCCUUAGUGAGCCUGAAACGUUGGAAAAACAUGGAAAACAUAGUGAGGAUUUGAUCGAGGACAUUAAGUGGACAGCUGGGGCAUUAUUUGCAGCUGGUGUAGAAACAUCAUUUACUACGAUGCUUAUAUUCUUCUUACUUAUGGCUUUACACCCGGAUGUACAAGCAAAGGCACGGCAGGAAAUAGACUCCGUUACCGGUGGUAACAGGGUUGCAAGCUUAGAAGAUCGCCCCAACCUGCCAUAUCUUCAGGCCUUGCUUCGAGAAGUGGCAAGAUGGCACGUCGUGGUUCCUACCAGUCUUCCACGUCGCACUGGAGAAGAUGAUAUUUAUAAUGGUUUCAACAUCCCUGCAAAUACUAUCAUUGUUCCAAACAUCUGGGCUCUAUCCCAGGACGUCGAUGACCCUAAGUGCUUCAAUCCUGACCGCUUUUUGGAUUCUGGUAAUGCACAAAACCCAUAUGAGUACAUUUAUGGGUUCGGAAGACGCAUCUGUCCCGGAAGACAUGUUGCCGACAACUUCCUUUUUCUAUUCGCGGCCAAUACGCUUUCAUUCUUCAACGUUAGUUCACCAGAUAGACCGAUAAAAGGCCUCAAAAUGCCUUCAGAUUUGGCAUUCACUCCGACGCUUGUCAGUUGUCCAGAACCGUUUGCAUGCAAGAUUGAACCGAGAUCGGCAGCACACGCUGAGACCAUUGCCUCUAUUGUAAUGGAAUAACGUGCCUGGCUGGUUGUUUGGAAGUCAUUCUGUCUUGAGCAUUCAAAGUUGUCGCUGAUGGACUAACUGCGAUCUCAAAGGAAGAACUAUACGAUCUGUCGGUGGUUCUUCAUGUAUACAUGUCCAGUGACUCAUCCAUCGCAAACCGACCAAUCAUAAUCUUUGCGAAGAGCUUGGAAGCUUACGUCGACUUGUUUAACUCCUUCGACGAUAGCCAUUAAUUUAUCAUUACACCUUUGCGCCUUUGGUGAAGAAGUUCGCAACGUCCUCAUGAUCGUGCCAAAGACGCCUGCCCAUCCAAUCGAUCCGAGAGGUCACUGGUGCAAUCACCCUUCUCUUUCACCUGUCUUCCACAAAGUGGACAAUGGAUGAUUCAUUCAGAGAACAUCACACCCUGACUCGAAGGUAUACGCCCUGCUCCUUGCAGUAGCCAAUGAUGCGCUUGGCGUCGCAGGUGGACUCAACAUUCAACUUCAAUUGCAGACUCUACGCCCAUCAUUAAUUCUCAAAUUCUACUUGCAGCAGGGUGACUUAAGAGUUUCACGAUGAGAUCAAAGCGACUGAGUCACCCGAAAGUGAUGAGUGCGACGUGGACUCAUUAGCGUCUCCUUCUGUAACGUGCUUUCGGGUGUUCAUUCGCACAUUUCAUCAUAGCUGUCAUGUUUACGGUUUAAUCUUGCAGGCCGCCCUAAGUUCUGUGGAAUCCGAGUACUAUCAUUUCGGGGGAGUUCGAAGCGGAUUCAUAAAAGCGCAUCCUGUACUUGAACAAGGCCACUUUAGAGCAGAAUUUUUAUAUGAAUUGAUGCAUUGAAGU